AUGCCAACCCAGGCUCUGCUGCUCAUCCUGCUCCUCUGUGUGCUGCUGCAGGCCCAGGGAGGGUACCGGAAACCGAAGACGAUGCAGAAAAUAGAGCUGAUCAAAGAAAUCAAGGUCUGUGAAAAGCAUACCAACAUAUACAUGUGCAGACGCCCAUGUGAAUAUCACCAAGAUUGUCAAGCAAAUAACAUAUGCUGUUCAACCUUCUGCGGGAAUAUUUGCAUGAGCCUGCUGAGUAGGUCUCCUAAAUCCAACCUGCUCAAAGUCAAUGUGUCUAAGAUUCACAUGCCUAAAACUUGCUUGUUUCCAGCUUCUAAAUUUCACUUCUUCUGA